GAGAAAGGCAUAGGUGGGCUGGUCCACACCACAACCUGACCCAACCCAAAAAACGCAUGUGAGAUUCCCCUCGAACUAUAGAUCUAAAUCUGCGUUUGGUUGCGUUGUGUUGAAAAAUUGAGAUCGAUCUCUCUCGACAUAACGCCAAAAAUCCAAGAUUUGAAUGCGUUCACGGUUGGAGUUAGCUUGGAUUUGCUGAAAGCUUUCAGCGUCUGCUGUUUGUUGUUUCUUGCGUUUGAGGAAAUAAAUGGAGUUUCCAACUCCGAGGAAAUCCUUGAUCUACUGGGCUUUUGUUUCUCUCGUUGUCUUUGCCAAUGUUAGCGAUGGAUUUUAUCUUCCAGGGACCUACAUGCACACUUACUCCAAUAAAGAACCUAUAUUUGCCAAAGUCAAUUCGUUAACUUCUAUUGAAACUGAGCUUCCGUUUAGCUACUACAGCCUCCCUUACUGCAAGCCCCCUGGUGGCGUAAAGAAAAGUGCUGAGAAUCUUGGGGAACUUCUUAUGGGAGAUCAGAUUGAUAACUCACCCUACCGUUUCCAGAUGAAUGUCAAUGAGACAGUCUACCUCUGUACCACAUCGCCAUUAAAUGAGCACGAGGUGAAGCUACUCAAACAAAGAACGCGUGAUCUGUAUCAAGUGAAUAUGAUCCUUGACAACUUACCUGUUAUGAGGUUUACUACCCAAAAUGGGAUUAAAAUCCAGUGGACAGGGUUCCCUGUUGGGUACACUCCAUCUGAGAGUGGUCCAGAUUACAUCAUUAACCACCUUAAAUUCACGGUCAUGGUUCAUGAGUAUGAAGGAAGAGGGGUUGAAAUUAUUGGGACUGGGGAGGAAGGUUUGGGUAUUAUUUCUGAAGCUGACAAGAAGAAGGCAUCUGGGUAUGAAAUAGUUGGUUUUCAGGUUGUCCCUUGUAGUAUUAAAUAUGAUCCUGAAGUCAUGUUAAAGCACAAAACAUAUGAUAAUAUCUCUUCUGUAAGCUGCCCUGGUGAGCUUGACAAGUAUCAAGUAAUUAGAGAGCAAGAAAGGAUAUCAUUUACUUACGAGGUUGAAUUUGUGAAAAGUGAUAUAAAAUGGCCAUCACGUUGGGAUGCAUAUUUGAAGAUGGAGGGUUCUCGUGUCCAUUGGUUCUCAAUCCUAAAUUCACUUAUGGUUAUCUUAUUCCUAGCUGGUAUUGUUUUUGUCAUUUUCUUAAGAACUGUAAGAAGGGACUUGACAAGGUAUGAGGAAUUGGACAAAGAGGCACAAGCUCAGAUGAAUGAGGAGCUCUCUGGAUGGAAACUAGUUGUGGGUGAUGUGUUUAGGGAGCCUGAUUGCUCAAAGCUUCUCUGUGUGAUGGUUGGAGAUGGGGUUCAGAUUCUUGGAAUGGCUGGUGUUACUAUUGUUUUCUCAGCACUUGGUUUCAUGUCGCCAGCAUCCCGAGGUAUGCUACUAACAGGGAUGAUCAUUUUAUAUCUUAUCCUGGGAAUUUCGGCUGGCUAUGUCAGUGUACGUCUCUGGAGGACCAUUAAGGGAACAUCAGAAGGGUGGAGAUCGAUUUCCUGGUCUGCUGCAUGUUUUUUCCCUGGAAUUGCUUUCAUUAUCCUCACAAUACUGAAUUUUAUUCUAUGGAGCAGCAACAGUACUGGUGCUAUACCCAUUUCGUUGUAUUUCGAACUGUUCUUCCUCUGGUUUUGCAUCUCAGUACCUCUUACCCUCAUUGGAGGAUUUAUGGGGACAAAAGCUGAGCCCAUUGAAUUUCCUGUGCGGACUAAUCAGAUUCCAAGGGAAAUUCCUGCACGGAAAUAUCCAUCAUGGCUUCUUGUUCUUGGUGCUGGAACUCUUCCAUUUGGAACCCUCUUCAUUGAACUUUUCUUUAUCCUUUCCAGUAUCUGGCUUGGGAGGUUCUAUUAUGUGUUUGGUUUCCUGUUGGUGGUUCUUCUAUUGCUGGUUAUCGUCUGUGCUGAAGUUUCAGUGGUUCUCACAUAUAUGCAUCUCUGUGUGGAAGAUUGGCGGUGGUGGUGGAAGGCGUUCUUUGCUUCAGGUUCUGUUGCACUAUAUGUUUUCUUGUACUCCGUCAACUACUUGGUUUUUGACCUGCAGAGUUUGAGUGGACCUGUCUCCGCUGUCCUUUACCUUGGCUAUUCACUGCUAAUGGCAGUUGCUAUCAUGUUGUCGACCGGGACCAUUGGCUUCCUCAUGUCAUUCUACUUUGUGCACUACUUGUUCUCUUCUGUGAAGAUAGAUUGAGGUUCUCCCUGUUAUCUCUCAUAAACUAAGCAAAAAGUUCAGUUGAUGUAACUUCUGCUGAGUUCUUUUUGUAGCUUGUUCGCUUCGCAGAAUGUUGAGUGGGGUAGACAGAUACUUCAUUGAUUUCCUUGAAUAGUUGUCAAUCCCUUUUAUAUUUCAAUGUGAUCUGCAUCUUGUUCCCCUUCUACUUGUUUUUAAGUAUUCAACUAGAUUUUGAGGGCAUUAUGUUUCAACUACACUAGGAUAGUUAAGUUGCUUCAGGAAGAUAUAAUUGCUUAGAUUGUCUCAUCUCAUUAUUAUAGAAAAAUGUUUGAUGUAUACUUUCAGAUUUCGUUGUGAUGUUCACUAUGCUUCUGGGUGUUAAUUUUUAUAUUUUCUUUGCAUUCAAGGAUAGGGAAGGCGACCGAGUAUUGUACACUAUUUGAAUGGUUUUAUUUGAACUUAAUUGUCCACAAUUUUGGCUUUGUAUUAUACUAUUGUUUCAUUUA